AUGUUUGGAGCGCUCAAUCGGUUCAUCGGGCGGCUCGACGCCGAGCCAACACAACAGCAAGGCGCGCAGAACCCUGGCGACAAUACUUUUGGUUUCCAGGUUCUAAGGAACACGAACACCGAACUGGCUCUCGAGCCAUGGUUUGACUUCAUCAUUGGUAUCAACGGCCACUUCAUUGAAUCGCCGGACCCGUCCCUAUUUGCAACCGAACUCAAGAAUUGCGCAGGGGGAUACUGCACACUAGACAUAUGGAGUGCAAAGGGACAGCGGACAACACAGCUCACGGUCCCAGUACCGCAAGCGCCUGACAGCCUCGGCUUGUCACUGCAGCUUUCACCUCUCAACUCGACAUUUAACGUGUGGCACAUCUUAACCAUCCCCUCCCCUCUGUCGCCCGCUCACCUAGCUGGCCUCCUGCCACAUAGCGACUACGUCCUCGGAUCACCCAGCGGAACACUCAAGGGCGAGUCUGCUCUCGGCGAGCUAGUCGAAGAUCACUUAAACAGAAGCCUCAUGCUCUGGGUGUAUAAUUCGGAGUUUGACGUGGUAAGAGAGGUCGAAUUAGUGCCACGAAGGGGCUGGGGCGGCGAGGGUGCACUGGGAGCAGUCCUUGGCUUCGGUGCCCUACAUCGACUCCCUGUCGGUAUCGGAGAGGAGGUUCAGGCACCAGGUCAAGAUCUGUUCGACGCCAGUGCGGAAAAAAGAAGUAUUGAUCUAUACAACGGCACUGCGGACACGACGUAUCAAGCUGCACCAAUAGCACCACCACCGAUGUUGAAUCCGAACGCUGCGCCACCGCCGAUGCUGAAUCCAAAUGCUCCACCACCAGUUGUUGGCUCCAGAGCGAAGAAGGGGAGAGCACAUAGAGCAGUGUCACCUAAUGCUGGCUUCGACGAUAUGUUUGCGGAGGGAGCGCAGAAGAGUGCUGCGCAGGAUUUCGCUCCAUCGCGUCAUGGCACGCCAAAAGCGCCUCCUCCGAAAGUUGGAGGAGCCGCACCACCAGCUUCAGUGGAGGCAUCUGAAGCAGCUGAACCGAAGCCUGAAGACUUAGGCGAGCCUGGCGAUGCAGAGGAGACUUGA